CGCCUCUCUUCCCCUUGCUUUGCCUCGGACACAUGGAUCGAAACUGUCGAGAAGCGGGCGGCGUGCUUUGACAAAGUUGGAACUGGGCUGUACUCUCCCUUGCAUUCCGCUGGUUUGCGACGGGGGGAGGGACCCUUCACCCCUUGCUUGCGGACCCUACUGCUCACGCGAAUCCACCCCUACCGGCCCCUCGCUCCUUCUAUAACGAAUACCCGGCGUCACCAACCGAGGGGCAGUCCAAUUCCUGGACGAGUCGACUGCGAGAGUCCGGCAGGGACAGCCGCGACUCAUCUGAGAAGCAAACUCCGCCUUGCUGGUACCCGCGUACUUGUAAAUUUAGCUCCGGCGGCUGCGUUUGUGCGAUAGGCACGUCUACUGCAUGGUUAGGCGACGACAGUGCGAAUCCGUUACGCUUCUCCUCUCGGUUUUCCGAGUGACCGGCCAAUUUGAAGAUACAGAUACCCGUUUGUACACGAAUGAAAGCCUCCCAACAACACCCGCCUUAUAUUGAGCUAGCUAGCUGUCCUCUCCGUUCCCCGGCAGCGUAUCCUGUCUUGUCAGAGAGAGACACCCUGCGCUCCUGAAUCACCACCCCGCCUGGCCCCGAACCCGGCCGGCUGCCGGGCGACACGACGCCAUCUACCACGCAAACAGGUAGCACAAGGGCCGGCAGCAACACCGGAGCACGGCUGGUAGGCUCAGAAGACGGAUUGCCCGCGCGCCGCACCAUGCUCGCCACAAUGAGCUACCAACCACGGGAGUACAGGGGGACAACUGCCAUGGCUGCGGCACCAGCGUUCAGGCCCGCUAGGCCCGCGCACCACAAGCCCAAGUCAAAGCCGUCGCAACCUCAACCCUUAGAUGCCGACGACCUCUCGCGGAGGCUUCGUAUUGUGCUCGCUGAGCAAAAGGCACACUCGGAGAGGAAGAGAAGGGCCAGAGUUGAAGCCGAGAGACGGACGCGGCACAAUUCAUCUCGAGUGACAGUUAAGGCAAAGCCGCCAAAUGUUCUUGUGCAACCAGCCAAGGCUACAGAGAGACACGAUGGAGACGAGCCGCACCAAAACAGGCUCCAUUCGACGGCUUCGAAGAACUCGUCUUCCUCGACCCAAAAGGAGGACCACGAAGGCCAUACCCAUGGCCAUCCGUACGUUCCCCAAGUGGCGGCGGCGCAAUUUACCCGGACGACGACGGUCGAGACCGUAUCGGAGAGGCAUAUCACCAACAAGCUGUCCAAAAAGGCCAUGAGGUUCCACCUUGACGGCCUUAACGCUAGCCGGGAGAUGGCGGGCAUCACAGCAGACACUGCCCCCUUUGAACAGGCACAGGCGCUUCGGAGGGCACAUAAUGCACGCGAGCGGCAGUACGAGCGCAACCAGUUCCAGCAUCCGGUACAUCUGGAGACAGCGGGCGAAGUCGAUGAGCUGCCGCCGCUUGUCCCGCAGCGGCGGACGUUUGAAACGCACUUCAGCUCUCACAAGGAGAGCACGGACAAGGAGGCCAGAAGGAGGAGCACAGGCAGCAUCCUAGGAAAGGCCGACCCCCAGCCGAGGGCUUCCUGCGAAAUACCUUCUCUGGCAGAGCACAGUGAUCCGAGGAAAGACGACGAUGUUGUUGGUGGGCCACUCGAGCAUCAGCGCGUUGACUGGACCCAGAGCGAUGAGGCGCAGAACCAGGCGAUACCUGUCAACAUGCCGCGCCAAUCUCCUCCGGCACUUCGAAAGCCAGAAUCCAAAUGGACGCUGCGAGGUCGCCUCGGAAGCUUCACCAAGCAUGGAAAGGAGGAUAAGACACCCUCUCCGCCCGACGAAAAGGUAGGGUCGCUGGAAUCGCCCAAAUCUCCGGUUGCAGAAUUCUUUGCGCGGUUCAAGCGUUAGGAAGAAUUUUGCCAACCAUGGGUUCGAGACCUCUUACCUUGUCUCCACGAGACCGGCUGCAUAAAAGCUCGAUAGAUUUGAAUUAAGAUGGCGCCUCCAAGGCUCCAGCUCCGCGACUCAGACAAACAUCCUCGCCCCGCAAGAUUCAACGGCGGCCCUUUUCCUCCUCCAUCAGCUGGCGUAUUAACUCUGCAUCUUGCUGGGCGAACUGUCGCUGGAGGGUCGCCGUGGCGCCGCCGUCGUCGGCUUCGUCUUCGUUGAGGAGCAUCUUAAUGAGCGUGCAAUACUCGCGGACCGCCUCUCCUGCCUUCCCCGGUAGCUGCCGCGCCUUUCGGAGGGCCGCUUUGCCCUUCUUGAUACCUUGAUCGCGAGUCCAGUUGUUCCUCCUCGGGUUGGCGACGCCCUGCAUGAGCGACGCUGGGAUUUGUUUGCUAGGGUCCUCAGGCGGUGGCUGCGUCUCGGCGUGGAUGUCGAGCAGUUGCUGUGGUAGGUCUGGGUACUUGCGGAACAGCCACGUGAGCUUGUCAGAGUUGUCGAGCGCCGAGAAGGGAUUCGGAGGGCCAGACGGCUUGGCAGGGAGAGACGUGGCGGGAGCCUGUUCUGGAGCCUGGGCAGGCUCGAGCUUGGGCUUCGUGUCUGGAGGAUGGUUGUCCUGGUGUAUCUUGUUGCAGGCGACGGAGCAGCUAUUGUGACGCAGUUGAUUGUCAGCGACGACCCGGGGCAUUGCGGAGCGUGUGUGCGGCAAGAUGUCUGAUGCUUGUUAACGACAUGAUCAAUAACGUACUAGGGCAAGUAGCAACGUGGGCACUUGUAUUUGGACACUAUAGUCUCGCAAAUGCCGCACAUUGCCGGACUCUUUUUGACGGUAGCCUUCUCCUGUUCCCCAUUGUUGUCCACGUCGAUGGUCUGCUCGGUCUUUAUCUCGGCG